AUGGCGACACUAGAGGAGUUGCGAAAGACCGUCGAAGAACUGCUCGCACGCAACACGAGGCUAGAGAAUGAGCUACAGGCACGGACUACACGCGCGGACGCCGCGCAGCCGCAGACAGCUCAGGACAAUCACCGCGGCUGCGGCAGCUUACGACUCCGUCCCCCCACCUCCGUGGCGGCCAGCGCCUCCCGCACCCGCAUCGGAUGCCGACCUGCACCAGCUAGUGCAAAACUUGAUGGCACAGGUGGCAGCUCUCUCGACGCAAGUCGACCGGUUGGCGUGCUCGCAGCAAGAGGGCAGCACGCGCCGCAGCGGCAGCAGACCGGGCGACAGGCGGCGUGGCUCGCGCAGCCGGCAACGCAGCAACAGUCGCUCCAACGGUACCCCGCCGACGUCACAGCACGCACAAAGCGGCUACUGCUGGCAAGACUCCCACGCGACGCCGUGGCACCCACUCUGGCGGAACGUCUGCGCAGUCACAUGGCCGGCCUCCGAGCGCACGCACCGACGCGGCACGGCACCGGGAAGAUAUUCGUCCAUGCCGACCUGCAGCGCUGCACGCACGUCAUGUUGCGUACCGACGCAGUACGGCCACCUCUCCGACCGCCCUACAGUGGACCGCACCGCGUGAUCGCCCGAGGAGACAAAACGCUGGUCCUCGGGUGCAACGGAAAGCUGUUGACAGUGUCAGUCGACCGCGUCAAACCAGCCUACGUCUUGCCCGCUCCAUCAGCCACGCAUUUCUUCGACCCGGCAGAAGAUCUGUUCACAGACGACACGCCCUCUGCCAGCGGUCAGACGGAACCCGCACGCGGAGCCGCCGGUGACACACAGCUGCAGCCCGCUGUCAUCGCGCCGCCACGUGCGCCUCCCACCACCACGCCCAGGCAGCUGGUACGGCCGCCCGGACCGCGCCCACCACAGGCGCACCGGUCGCCCCCACCACAGCCGCCAGCGGACUACGUCACGCGCGCCGGCCGCCGCGUCCGAUUCAAACGGCCGUGCUGCGUCGCCAGCGCGCCACGACACCGAAACCGGCAGUCACGCGCCCGAGCCGCCGAACGCCGUCAGAAUUCGGCGCCCACGAGCCGCCGUCCGCUUCGAGCGUUCGUCACAGCUCCUGGACCCGCGUUCGCGUCUUUUGCCUCCGCCGCGUCGGGCGUUGAGGCCGGAUCGGCACCCGCGCCUGCUUACCUCAUUCGCUUCUCCGUCGAGCUCCGGACAUCGCGCACCACACCGCCCGGCUUGUCCGUAGUAGCUCCCGGACCCGCGUUCGAGUUCCGACGGUACCGCACUCGCGCAAGCGCCUUCGAGACGUCGCCACCAAUGACCUGCAACGCGCGCCUUCACGCGCAUCGCUACGGACAGUCGCAGCCAGUGCCUGCUGCCGCUGUCACUAGCCGCCAGCGCGAGGACACGCCCACCGCACGCUCGCCGGUCCGGCGCGCUGACGUCACGGGCCGCCGCCCUUCCGACGCCGACCGACCCCCGCCAAAGCUGCCGCACUGCCAUCACGCAGUGCACGAACUUUAA